AUGGCCCUGAUGAAUAAUAACUGGGAUGUUGCAGUCGCGGCGCUUCGAUCUUUGAAAGAUCAGUGGCAAAAUGCACCACCAACUUGGGGAAAAUCGGAUGAUCCGUGUGGAAGCCCAUGGGAAGGAGUCAAUUGUAGUGAUUCUAGGGUCAUAACUCUGGGAUUAUCAACCAUGGGAAUAUCAGGUAAACUCAGUGGUGACAUAGGAGAGCUCAGUGAAUUGACAUCCUUGGAUCUGUCAUUCAAUCCAGGCCUCACUGGUUCGCUGACUCCACGGAUUGGAGACUUGACGAAGCUUACAACAUUAAUCCUGGCUGGGUGUAAGUUCAAUGGAGCUAUACCAAGUGAGAUUGGAAAACUCAAAGAGCUAUCCUUCCUAGCUCUUAACUCGAAUAACUUCAGCGGUCAGAUACCGGCUUCUCUGGGUUAUCUUUCCAAACUGUACUGGCUUGAUCUGGCAGAUAAUCAGUUGACAGGAUCCAUACCUAUUUCGACGCGCAACUCACCAGGAUUAGACCUUCUGAAAAAUACUAAGCACUUCCAUUUCAACAAAAACCAGCUUUCUGGCGAGCUCCCGGAGCCACUAUUCAGCGGCGACAAUGUACUUAUACAUGUGCUAUUUGAUGGAAAUCAAUUGAGUGGACCAAUUCCACCAACAUUAGGAGAUGUCGCGACGCUUGAGGUUCUGAGGCUUGAUCGAAAUAAUUUUAGUGGAAACGUCACAUCAAGCUUGAACAACCUAACAAAUUUGAUGGAAUUGAAUUUAGGCCACAAUCAGCUAUCAGGAUCAUUUCCAGACUUCAGUUCACUGGUAUCCCUCAACUAUAUAGACUUGAGCAACAAUUCUUUCGAACCCUCAGAAGCACCGGCAUGGUUCUCAACAUUGGAGUCUCUAACCACUCUGAUUUCAGAAAAUGGAUCACUUAAGGGAGAGGUGCCUAAGAGGAUGUUCAGCUUACCCCAGAUUCAGCAAGUGAAACUGAAAUACAAUGCAUUUAAUGGUACACUAGAUUUGGACCAGAGGAUAAAUGAUAACCUCCAGCUUAUUGAUUUGGAGGACAACAGGAUAACCGCACUUACAGUAGGCUCUGGAUACUCAAAUAACUUGCUCUUGAUUGGAAAUCCGGUUUGCACUACAGUUGAAGCACUGGAACACAGUAGUUACUGUCAGGUUCGCCAACAAAGCGCACAAGCCUAUUCGACAAGUCUGGCUAACUGUAGGAGGAAAACAUGUCCUCCUGACCAAAAGAUGAGCCCACAAAGCUGCGAUUGUGCUUAUCCAUACGAGGGGACACUGUACUUCAGAGGACCAUUCUUUAGGGACCUUUCGAAUGACACCAUUUUUCAUCAACUGGAAAUGAGCCUCUGGGUGAAUUUAAGCCUGACACCUGGUUCAGUUUCUCUACAAAAUCCCUUCUUCAAUGUUGAUGACUAUCUUGAAGUGCAGUUGGACCUUUUUCCCUCCAGCGGAGAUCACUUUAACCGGACAGAGGUGCAAAGGCUUGGACAUGCUCUAAGUAAACAAAUUUACAAACCUCCUCCACAGUUUGGACCUUACUACUUUCUAGCAGAACCUUACCUCUUUGCAGGUGGUGGUGGAAAUAUAAGCAAAAAGAUAAUCGCGGCAGUGGCAGUUGGGGGCACCUUUCUGGUCAUGUUACUUGUUGGAAUAGCGAUGUAUGCUGUCUGGCAAAAGCGUCGAGCAGAAAGAGCCAUAGGAAUGAGUAAACCUUUUGCAUCUUGGGUUCCAAGCGGCAAAGAUAGUGGGGGAGCACCACAACUAAAAGGAGCUCGGUUCUUUUCAUAUGAUGAAAUGAAGAAAGCCACAAAUAACUUUUCAAGCAGUAAUGAGAUUGGUUCUGGAGGCUAUGGAAAGGUCUGCUGUCCAAUAACUUAA